AUGGCGGGGCUGUGGCAGUUCACGCUCCUGUGCUGGGCAUGGUCUCCUCUGUGUCUCUCAUCCAGGGUGAGCUUCAUCGGUUCGCCAAAGGAGUGCGAGAAAGCUCAUUUUGUCCCUGGUUACAAUCUGGGCGGAGAGGGCUUCGACGUCGUCACGAUGGAGAAGAAAGUGGCUUCUGUCAUAGACACUGAAUCAUGGAAGCUGGCAAACGGCACUUGCAGGAUGUACACCAACAGCAACAUGAAAAGGCAGAAGCAGAAGGUCCCAGUUGCCGUGGUGGACUGGAGAACCCUCCCCAAGUGCAGCUUGAAGGUUUACAGCACUGUCUAUGAUUCGGUUGAAACUCUUGUCAAGGAUUCCACAUCAUCGGUGUCCAACGACUGGAAGGCCGGCCUCAAUCUAUCUGUUGAUGCAGAAGUCAUGCACGGCCCCAUUUAUGGUGGUUCCCGCUGCAAAGACUUCACCUUUGCCAUGGAAAAGCUGAAAGGAGACCGCUAUGCCUUCAUCCACCAUUCUGUCUCCUGUAACUUCUACCGUUACAGACUGGCUACAAAACCUCCACUGAGUCAAGAAUUUCAGUCAGCUGUGGACUCCCUUCCUUCCUACUCAGAGAAAACAGAAGAAUCAUAUCGCCGACUGAUUGACACCUAUGGUACACAUUACAUCACACAAGUGACUCUGGGAGGGGGCUUGAAGGCCAUCACUGCUAUCAGGAUCUGUGAAGCAGCGAUUAAAGGCCUGUCGGCAACAGAAAUCAGUGACUGUUUGGCAGUUGAAGCCUCCUCCAGCUUUGUGCAUCCUAACAGUAUUAAGGCAAUGAUGGGGCACUGUAAGGAAAAGAGAAAGAAGGCCUCCAUCCCGAGUUUCAGCGGCGCGUUUAAUGAGCGCAGCACAGAUGUCAGUGGUGGAACCAUUGAUGGUGUUGAUAUCCUCUUUCAGGGACAGUCAAAUCCAUCUGUUUAUCGCAGGUGGAUUGAUUCUCUGAAGAGGACACCUGGUGUGGUACAAUACAGCCUAAAAGCCCUGCACUCCAUCCUUCCAAGCAGUCAUAGCGCCAGGGUCGGACUGAAACGAGAGGUGGAGAAGUACAUCGAACGAAACGCAUUGUGGCAAAACUGCUCAAAGCCCUGCUCGAUUGGGCGCAGGACCGGAAAGAGAGAUGCCUGCGCUUGCGUCUGCAAUAGUAACCAGAUGGUGAAGUCCAACUGCUGCCCUGCUGGCAGACGUCUUGCAACACUGAAAGUGUUUGGACUUUAUGCAAAGAGUCUUUACGGUGACAGGUUGACCCAGACGGAUGGGUCCGUGGUGGUUAAACUUGAUAACCAGGUAAAGUGCACUGCCAUCAUACCAAAUAAUGACAACCCUAAGUGGUCAGAAGUGUUUGAGUUUGGGCCCAUCAAAAUAAGCAGGAAGAAGCAGCUCCUCUUCAGCGUUUAUGACCAGGACACAUACUGGAAUAGCGACCAACUCGGCCGGUGUUCAGUCAGUCUGCGUAGCGGAAAUGUGACGGACAGCUGCAUGUUCACACACGGCACCUUCUUCUUUUCAUACUCGGUGGAGUGUGCGCCGAGUCUGGGAGGCCUGCAGUGUCAGGAUUACGUCCCGACCCCUGCCAGCCCCGUUUGGACCGAAGUCUUCCACAACAGGAGCUGGCUGCUUUUGGAAAGUCAGAGAAAUGACAUGGCCAAAGGUGGAACGAUGAAAGAGUUGUAA